AUGGUCAUGGGACUGCAAGGAUGCUGUGGCCAGUUUGUUUUCUCACUGCUGUUCUUGGCUGCCUUGGGAAGCUGUGCAGAUGACAGAAGCCCCCUAGAAGAAUGCUUCCGAGAACCUGAUUAUGAAGAAUUUCUAGAGAUCGCCAAAAAUGGUCUGAAACCGACAUCAAAUCCAAAACAUGUUGUGGUUGUAGGUGCAGGGAUGGCCGGACUUAGUGCAGCCUACGUACUUGCAGGGGCAGGACAUAAGGUGACAGUUCUUGAAGCUAGUGAACGUGCAGGAGGACGAGUGACCACGUAUCGAAAUGAAAUAGAAGGCUGGUAUGCCAAUCUGGGACCCAUGCGUAUCCCUGAGGGACACAGGAUUAUCCGUGAAUAUAUCAGAAAGUUUGGUCUCAAAUUGAACGAAUUUUUUCAGGAAAAUGACAAUGCCUGGUAUUUUAUUAAAAAUAUCAGGAAGAGAGUAUGGGAAGUCAAGGAAGACCCCAGCGUCUUGAAAUAUCCCGUGGAUCCCUCAGAAGAAGGCAAAUCUGCUUCACAGCUAUAUCGAGAAUCCCUCAAAAAG